GGAGAAAAAAAACAAAAACGUCUCGGCAGAACAUGGCGGCUCCCUCUUUCGCCUUGGCUCUCCCCCUUCUCCCGGGCUCCGCGCCUGCGCAGUCGGACUCUCAGGUAGCCGUAUCCCUCCGCCGAGCCUCCUUCCUUCUCCCCCCCCCCAACCAUUCCCCCCCCUUUUUGUUAGCGCCCGUUGGGGUGGGGGGGCGACCCGAUAAUCCCCCGUGCCCCCAUGAGGGGAGCAGCGCCCCGAGAGGACCGCGGCGGAGCAGGAGCAGAAGCCGCCGCCGCCGCCGCUGCUUCAGUGCCUGGGCGCCGCUGCUGCUGCUCCUCCUCCCCCCGCCGCCGCUCUUCCCCUGCAGGCCUCUCCUCCUCCUUCCUUCCUCGCCUCAGCGCUCGCAAGCAGCGCGGCCGCCCGUGUCCCUCCGCCGCGCGCCGAGCGGGGGACUUUUUCGCGGGGCUUUUCGGGCGCCCUAUGAGAAGCGGCGGCGGGCUCCGGGCGGCCUUGCUCGUCGUUCGGUCGGUCGGCGGCCGGGCGCGGGCGACACGGUAAGGGGGAGGGCCCCUUCCUCCUUCUCCUUCUUCCUUUUCCUCUCCCACCCCACCCCUCCCUCCCCCUCACCUCCCAUGGCCGGGCCGGCCAAGCUUUUCCAGGACUUCUCCGGGCAAGAUUGCUGGCACGCUUUGACUAUGAUGUCCUUGGUAGAUUUGGGAAAGAAGCUUUUAGAAGCUGCUCGAGCCGGCCAAGAUGAUGAAGUUCGCAUUUUGAUGGCCAAUGGAGCACCUUUUACUACAGAUUGGCUGGGAACGUCUCCACUUCAUCUAGCAGCACAAUAUGGCCACUAUUCAACGACCGAAGUGCUACUGCGAGCAGGAGUAAGUCGAGAUGCAAGGACCAAAGUGGAUAGGACACCACUUCACAUGGCAGCUUCAGAAGGCCAUGCAAGCAUUGUAGAAGUUUUGCUUAAGCAUGGUGCAGAUGUAAAUGCAAAGGACAUGCUGAAAAUGACUGCUCUGCAUUGGGCCACAGAGCACAAUCAUCAAGAAGUAGUGGAACUCUUAAUAAAGUACGGAGCAGAUGUCCAUACCCAAAGUAAAUUUUGCAAGACUGCGUUAGACAUUGCCAUAGACAAUGGAUAUGAAGACUUGGCAGAAAUUCUACAGAUCGCCAUGCAGAACCAAAUCAACACGAAUCCAGAGAGCCCGGAUACAGUGACGAUUCACGCAGCAACACCACAGUUCAUCAUUGGACCUGGUGGUGUUGUGAAUCUAACAGAUGACAGUGGAGUGUCUGCUGUCCAGUUUGGCAAUUCCUCAACUUCAGUUCUGGCAACUCUGGCUGCCUUAGCAGAAGCCUCAGCUCCACUGUCCAACUCAUCAGAAACUCCAGUUGUGGCUACAGAAGAAGUGGUGACUGCCGAAUCUGUGGAUGGUGCAAUUCAACAAGUCGUUAGUUCUGGAGGCCAGCAGGUUAUCACCAUAGUAACAGACGGGAUACAGCUUGGAAAUCUUCAUUCCAUUCCCACCAGUGGAAUGGGUCAACCCAUUAUAGUGACCAUGCCAGAUGGGCAGCAAGUACUUACAGUACCAGCCACAGACAUUGCAGAAGAAACAGUAAUCAGCGAAGAGCCUCCAAUGAAGAGACCAUGUAUCGAGAUCAUUGAAAAUCGGGUGGAAUCGGCAGAAAUAGAAGAAAGAGAAACAUUACAAAAACAGAUGGACGAGGCUAACCGAGAAGCCCAGAAGUAUCGCCAGCAGCUUUUGAAGAAAGAACAAGAAGCAGAAGCUUGUCGGCAGAAGUUGGAGGCGAUGAGCCGCCUCCAGACUAGCAAAGAAGCUGUUUGAGUGAAUGAAGUGAGCAUUCUUAGUAUAUAUACAAGAUAAGAAAACCGCAGUACAAUCUGGCUCUGCAUAACACAUUACUGUAGGUGCAGAACUGAGAUUCUUUGUCAAAGAAGACGCUACUGGACUUAAGCCAUGAGCUCUGGUGAUUUUCUUGUAUCAUAAAAACAGAAAAGAAAAACCAACCUCAGAAUUUAGACAUUUUUGUGCAAACUAUUUAAAAAAAAAAAAAGAAAUACUGUAAAUAGUUGUUUUUUUUUACAGUUCCAAAAUUAGUUGUUUAAUCUUUUUGGAAGGAAAUCCACAAACCUGCAAUGCCAAUGUUUUUGUGACAUUUUUUUUUUCUUUUUGAUUUUACUAUGAAUCUUCUGAGAUACAGAACAGUUUUAAGGAGGAUAACUGUUGAUUUAAACUGCGCUGUGUUAAAUGAAUUAUGUGACAGAACCGAGCUUGAAAGUUAUGAAUUAGAUCUCUUGACUAAAUUUCAUUUCCUGAUUAUUAUUGUUAUCCUUUGUACAGCUUUAAGGAGUUGGCCAAGGCCUCCGAACAAUACCCCCUCCCCUUUUUUUAGGGAAGAAAAAGUGUAAUUUUUUAUAUUUAAUUCCUGAUAUAUUCAAGUAGAUUGACAUGUAUAUGAAGCUGAUAUUUUUAAAAAUUUUCAGUUUGUACAUAUGCUGCAUGUUUUUUUUUUAUGAUUUCUAUAUACAUCUUCCAUAAGUAUUUUUCAGGAAAGAGGAUGGAAAAUUAUGAUUAAAAAAAAACAAAAACCUCUAGGUCGGGAGCGGGUAACCAUGGCAACUUUACGCCCCGUGGACUGCAACUCCCAGGAUUCCUGAGCCAGGCUUAGGAAUUCUGGGAGUUGAAGUCCACAAGUCGUAAAGUUGCUAUAAUUGCCCAGCCCUGCUCUAGGUCAUGAGGGUAGGUGGUGGAUGAAGAAGCCAGUGAAUAACCGUGGGUCGAUCUUUUUUCUUUUAUAUCGGGAGCCACAUUUCUUAGAGGGAUGUAACUUGGGAGAAAAAAAUAAAACAAAAACCAGUAUUCAUGUAAUAUAUUAAGUAUAUGAAAAUAUUACCCUUAGUGCAGCCAAUCAUAUUUUCAGGGUGACCAGCCAAGCCGGGCUGGGAUAAUUCUGCAGAUGGAGAAAAAAUUUCAAGUCCUUUCCCCCAAAACUCUUAAGCUUAACCUCUCCCCCUACUAUGCUGCCACCUGCUGGACAGGUUGUUAACGCUCACCUCACAGCACCCCUCCGUUUCCCCCCCAAAUGCAAAUUCCAGAUGCUGCAAGGAUAAUAGGCUGAUAUCUGGAACUGGAGCUCAGGAUGUCCUUCAAGAAAUGUGUUGGUAAAUGGCACACAAGUGUCCCGUCUCUCACAACACCUUUAAUCUGACUAGCCACCUGACAGCAGGUACCGAUGACCCGGCCUCCUAAAACAGUUCACAACACAUGCCCCACAAAGGCUUUAUCACCUGCUAGAGAUUGUCAAAAAAAUAAUAAUUAAAUAAAUAAAAAGGAAGUGAAAGGAGUUAAUUUGAAGACAGAGGUCUGGAAAUGGCAUCUCAGCACCCUUCUCCAAGGGGACAUCCCUCAAAAGCGCUGAAGGUCAUGAGGUUGGAGAGAGGAAAUUGGGCAAUCAGCUUUUUAAGUGACUGCUCACCCUCCUCUCCAUGAUUGUGGCUGCUGUAUACCGAUAGCCUAAAACGUAAGAAAGUUCGAGACAGUUACUGGGUUCAUCUCUGUCACAACGUUCCUACUUCGUCUGCAAAAGGAACAGGGGUAACUGAAAAGUCUGAAGUCCUCGCGUGUGUUUUAUCUAGAAGCCACCUAAAGCAAAACCCACAUUUUCUCUGCUGUGCCGCCAUCCCUGGGACCUCUGCUCUCCCUUCUUCCAACAAAACUUAGAGAGGAAAUGCUCCUUUUUCAUAUUUGUGCCCAUCGUCUCAAUCUUAACAGUAUCACAUAGGUGCAUGUAAUUGUCACUUGUUUUAUCUGCACAACAACAUUUUAAGAUUGUCCUAAAUCAUGACUUGACCUCUAGGGGCAGAUUUGUGUGGCAGUUGGGUUGUUGCCUUCUGUUAUCUUGGGACAGCACUGAUUAUGUUUUAGUUUGCGUGGUCUUCAGGGAGACAAUUGUUAGCAUUUCUGGUGAAUGGUGUUUUAAAUUUUUCAGUUUUUACCUGUCUUUCCUCUCUCCUCCCACGCCAUCCAGGUUUAUUGGUAUUCAGCGCGCACAUUUGCUAACCAGUAUGAUCAGCGGUUAUAUCUGCUGGAGAUUGAUGUAGAGUUCGAAGUCUGCCAGGGUUGAACUACAUUCAGUUGGGAAGGAGUGGUUUAGGUCUGCAAAGUAUUGUGAUAAUACACCAAGGAGUUCGGAAGGCAACCCUAAGUACCAUUACAGAUGAAAAGUUUACUGUUAAAAGAAAUAAGGGUGUUUUAGACCUUAAACUUUAAUAUAUCCUCAAAAUAAUAGGUAAGUAAGCACUUAGUUCCCUGCUGGACUUCAGGCCAGAACAAAUGUUAUGGGACCUAUUAAAGGUUUCACAGCUGAGUCUUGCUCUGCCGAUGGAAAGGAAUGAAAGGUAGAUAAUAAUUUUAGAUGGGAUUUGAAUACAAGGAGAAAAGAGAUGGCUCUCCUCCCCCUAAUCCUGUCUUGUGUGAGCUUUGCAAAUGUAAGGGAAUAUUUAUAAAAAAAUAUUUCCUUCUUUGUCAGUCACAGUUGUUGUAGUUGACUGUAUCUUUCCUGCUGCAAAUGUUGACCUAUAGAGAGCCAAGAACACUCAGGCUUUCGUUGGCUUUCGGAUAAUUCACAGACCAUACUGCCUUAAAGAUUACCAAGUGCUACAAACGCUUUUAUCCUUUGUUCAGAGUACCGUGCAGCUCCUUUAUUUCCAUGUAUACCUUGUAUUUUUGAUUUGUGCUUUGCUGUGUUUAUCUUUCAGUGCUUUUAUGAAACGUAUGAACUUUAUAAAUCAUCUAGAUUACCUAUACAGAAGAAUUGCCCUUAAAACCUGUCUUUGGCCUACCUUUUCUAUUUACAAUUAAAUAUCUU